AUGGAAUAUACUCCUUGUACCGAGGGGGUGUACAACCCCCCCGAGGCGCCGCUCGUCAUCGGCUUUGUUCUCAGCCAUACAGGUGACAGUAGCAAGACAAAUAUGGCCAUGGAAGUAACCCAGGUUCUCCUAAGUGCACAAUCAGUUGAUUCAACCGUGCGGAAUCAUGCUGAGGAAACUUUGAAACAGAUUCAGGAGCAAAAUCUUCCUAAUUUCCUGCUAUCUCUUUCGGGAGAACUUUCCAGUGAAGAGAAGCCAGCUGAAAGUCGUAAACUAGCUGGUUUGAUUCUUAAAAAUACCUUAGAUGCAAAGGAGCAACGUAGAAAGUAUGAGCUUGUGCAAAGAUGGCUAUCAUUAGACGUGGCCUUGAAGAGCCAGUGUUACGACACUGAGAUUCACCACAAUCCAGCUAGCAAACCGGAGAAAAACAGCAACAAACCAGAGACGAGCAACUCAGGCAAAACUACUUCAGUUGAUGUUGUUAAUUAG